AUGAAGGGGAACCUUGUGGCUACAUUUCUGCUCGUUCAUUUAGUCAUUUUUGUGAUUACUUCUUUGUUACUUUUGUACCGGACUAAGAAUCUCCACGAAGAGUACCAGUAUGAAACAUCACGUAUGAUGAUUCUACAGGAAAAAUGCGAUUCAGAUGUAUCCGAAGAACAGAUUGUUGCGGAUGUGAUAGACGUGUUCGAGGAUUUUAUCAGAAGUCGACCACAUUACGCCGAGCAUUUCCAAAAUAGAUUAAAGAGACAACUUUCAAUGCAUGGCAUGGUUGAAGAAAUACUUCAAUUACAGGAGAAAGUUCUGGAGACUCACUGUCAAGGUAACAGUACUCUGUGUGUUAAGGGACAAAAGGGCGUACAGGGUCCAAAGGGAUUCUCAGGAAUCACCGGGCCACGGGGAGAUCUCGGUGACGUAGGACUUCAAGGUCAAAAGGGAUAUCAAGGGGACAAAGGAGAGCCUGGAACACCCGGACAGAACGGCGGAACAGGAAGUACCGGUAUUGAAGGCAUAGAGGGCGGCCCAGGUCUCCGAGGGCCGAAAGGCGAAACUGGUAAUAUAGGAGACGUAGGUGGUAAAGGAGACAGCGGACAAGUCGGACUGAAAGGGCAAAAGGGUGAAAAAGGUACCUCAGGGGUUGCUGGUGACAAAGGGACGACGGGACCAAAAGGGGCAAAUGGCGCGGACGGAGAUGUAGGCAUGCAAGGACCACAAGGCCAGAAAGGGGAGCCAGGACCAGCUGGAGUCUCCGGAGUGAUCACUGACAGUGAUUGUAUGUGUAAAGUGAAUGCUGUCACAACUACAAAAGCUCCUCUUGUAAUGUCCGGCACAACACCUACCGUGUCCUCAUCAGUUGCCGGGGUUGUCGACCACGUCCGAGUGUUGGACCCUGUUCAACUUAGAUGUCUGACCACGCCAACACCAGACCAGACCAUAACAUGGGAGAAAAUUGGUGUUCCAAUGAGCUCUCGUUAUGACGUAACGACGAACAGUAACAUCCUGUCUAUACCGGAAGUAUAUGCAUACGACACCGGAAGAUACCGUUGUACGGCGACAUCUCCAUCCGGAGCAACUGUUCAAGCAACAAUUUCGCUGAAAGUUGACGGGAUCACACAGUACGAUUGUAGUUUCGAAGUAGACACCUGCACGUGGAAACAAAGUGUUACGGAUGACCUCGACUGGACACGAUAUGCUGGUCCUACGGAAUCCGUAUCAACUGGACCAUUAACUGACCAUACGAUCGGUAGAGGUAAGGCAGGAUAUUACAUGUACCUGGAGACGUCCAGUUACGUGUAUGGACAUGCAGCGGACCUAGUUUCUCCCGUCAUUGACCACAGUAAAUCAUACUGUAUCAAUUUCUGGUACAGUAUGAGGGGUAUCCAAGUAGCUGAUCUUAGCCUCAUCACAGAUGAUAGCCAGCUUCCUCUGUGGUCAAAGAGUGGCAACCUGGGCAACGAUUGGCGUUCAGCACGUGUUCAACUUUCCCCUCGAAACAACGACUAUCAUCUGAUAUUCAGAGCUACACAAGGACGUGGUUACCAUGGAGAUAUUGCUAUCGAUGAUAUAACCCUUCGAGAAGGAAAUUGCUAA